AUGACUAUGUCUCCAACUAUCGCGCCGAUUGACCGUGUACGCGCAGAUAUCAACGCUGUUGCACCAUCUGCACAAACUCUUCGACACCUUCGUGCAUUACUUGGUUUAGAAUCAUCCCACAGCCUGGACGCCCCUCAAUACAAGAGCCAAAAAGCCUUGCGCUUACAAAAGCCCUCGAAGAUUCCGCCUGCCGCCAAAGGCACGUCGAAACGGAAGGAACCAAAAACUCCUGAUUUAAAAGCUUCCAACCCAAUGGUGAGAGAGGAAGCAGCACUAGAAAAUCCUCAAAAGCUAGCAACAGAAGUCUUCAAUACGACAUUAAAACAGCUCGGUUUGGCCGCGAAGACGGCGAAGGGCUCUUUAAGGGCCGAUGACGAUCGUCCAUCAGUCCGCCUUGUCCCAACCCAGAGACCUUUGAACGAACGAUCGCCCAAUAGGGGAAAAUCCUCUUGUCGCAAUGAUGAGAAGCGAGUGGAAUCUCAGGCUCCACGACAAGACUGGUCGAUCACAGCUGAUUGCGCUCUCCUUGCGUUACAAUAUCUGGUAGAUGCCGCAGAAUCUCAGGGUGCAAAGAAAUUUGGUCAAAUUGCUGGCCUUGAGAAUGCCUCUUUGAUCCUGCUCGACCGAACGAUCACACUUGGCCUUAUUACGCAGGCACAAUCCCAGGCCUAUCGAAUAUUCAGACAAUACUGGAGUUCCAGCAUUAACACAUGUCCGUGCCCUGUUUCUCAGACACCUAGUCCAGCACAAUGUCUUUUGGGAAGGCCAGACUCUGCCAAGGAUCGUUCGAUAUUCGGCUUCAGCACAUCUAUGCAAAGCCAAAUGCUGCGGCUGAUGAUCCAGCUGGGUCCAACUUGCAUCAACAGUGACUUGGUGACUUCGCUCAAAUUGGAAACCAUCGGAAGCCCAGCAUGGGUUUGUCUACAAGGGUUACAGGAAACGCACCUUAAUGCACAGCAGACAGGGAACCAGCUGCGCACAAUAUCCUUAGCAAUAUCCAAGCUAUAUUCUCUAGCAAACCGCCUAAAGGCGACAUGUUCAUCCCUUCCAGACAACGUAUUCGAAUUGUUUGGUGUGGCAAUGAGCAUCAAGUUCGGCGCUUGGGAGCAUUUGCAUCACAAGUUUGACCCGGCUGUUGACUUCUGGCAGCAUUUUGUCAGCGCAACACGGAGAUAUAUCGCAAGCUCACAGAAGCCAUCCUGCGCUGGAAAAUCAAUUCUACAUUUACUCCGCUCGUUUCGGCACCUCCUCAAGGCUUCAGGUCAAGAUGACACCCCGCCUGCAGACCUACUUGAUCUUCUCCUACAAGCAGCUCGACAUCUGCAAUGUGAGCGAGAGAUCUACUCACUUGCUGGAAAGGAAGGGACUCAGCUAGACCCCAUCAUAUGCCUAGUCUCUACCUGUCAGGUCACCUCGUCGAGACUUGCAAGUUAUGCAAGUGAGACUGAUGUGGUUCUCGCCUCCAUCUUGGAGACUCGCGACCUGUUUUCACACCCAAUCAAUCUGCCUCUGGCUGAUCUUGAACGGGUUCUCCUGCAUGCAGUCCAAGUACGCAAAGCGCUGCUGUACGUAAUCCAAGAUAUUCAAGUGUCACGGCAAUCUGGCAAAUCAGUGACAGCAUUUGUUGAGCUGGAGUACAACAGCUUCCAAUUGAUCUUUUGCUGCGUUCGAUUCCUGUUUGAUCAGAUCCAAAAAUCUUUAGUUGACGGCAAUCAAAAUCUCAAAUCAGACCGGAAACAAAUAAUGCUGGCCAUUCUGAUCAAGAAUGCAGAUUCUCUUAUACAGGUUGAGAAGUGCUGCAUAAUACAAGCAUCCGCAUUGCUCGGUGGUUCAAAUGAUGCGUUGGAGUUCGCUAUUGAAACGGUGGCUUUCCUGAAGACUCAGAUUUGUGUUCCAAACGAAGGCGAUGCUCUUUCAACUGCUCUCAGCCAAAUACAAGUUCGUAUCUCUCAAGCGUAUUGGGCGCGAUAUAUACAAUCCGUUGAAGCACGCGCCGACAGCCAGAAGCAAAUACAGAUAUUGGAAAACUCAAUUUCAGCGGUUGCAUCUUUGUCCGUAACAGACAAGAAAAGCGCCUUUCUCUGCCUCAAGUAUCAAAGGCUUGCAUCCUGCUAUGCGGACCUGCAUGAUUUUAAGACCUCCAAGCUGAUACUCCGGAAAGCUAUUGAACUUGACAUCGAGUUGGGUUCAUUACACGAUGCUACAGAGUUGGCAUUAGGAGGGCCUUCGCAAGCUUUGUGGUCGAAGACGGACUCGAAUUGUGAAUCUCUAGGCAGAAGCCUUGCUAUGUUCGCUAAUAUGGCGCUGGGAGAAUCUGUCGGCACCAAUCAAGAUAUCUUGUUGUACGACUCAAGUAAUCUACCACCAGUUCAACGCGCUGUCCUGCUUGAAAGACAGGUAUGUUGCAUAUUAGAGAGAGGCCUCGGUGAGGAUCACUUGCUUGGUAUUGCUUCGCACUUACAAUUCUUGUUGCCAAUAUUGGAUCAGCCGAAGUACAAGGUGUUCCGAUUGAGACUCGUGAGCUCUGUAAUUUCUGCGAGAUUGAAGAAAAACAUGACUGUCGUCGGUACUCUUCUUACUUCUCAGCAAAUUAGGAGCGUUCUCGAUGGCGGCACGAGUGUAUCUCAAGAGGUUUACCUCUCAGAGUUUGAGUCUAGCUUACGGACGAUUCUUCAACUACAACAUGAUAUUUGCAUCGGUCAACUCAGCAGCGUGAGUCUCGCAUGUUAUCUCAAGACGUUGGGUGGGGUGAUUGUUGAGUGCAAGACCUUGGACAGCUUCAGAAGGGUCAUUGAUGACCCGGAUGGAUUCAUCAACCUUCUUCACCUAUGUGUUGGUUAUGCCAAUAUGCUGGAAAACCAUCGAGCUGCCCACGCCGCUCUCGAGAUGAUACGUUCGAUCCUGGAUCUGGGUCACCAAUCUCCAAACAUUUCUAAAACAAGUGUCCUGGUCCAAAUCGGGCGCUCACACAUGCAAAUGCAAAAUAGUGAAUCUGCCCAUACUGCGCUUAAUGCAGCACAGGUUUCUACUGCUGCGCAGGCUAGCGAUAUCUUAGUUGAGAUCGACUUGGCCUUGACUUUCGCUGAGCAGUAUUUCGCGAGACAGGAAUUUGGAAAGUGCUCUUCUCACCUCGAGCGUGCAAGAUCUCUCUGGGAAAGUCGCACGGCAACCCAGACAACCUCAAAUCACAAGCUGAGAUUGAAAGAGCAGACCCUCUUGUGUACUUCGGCUUAUCUCACAUCUCGAUUGGCUUUCUACCAAGGAAAUCUUCUCCAGGCUGCGAUAUGUGCAAGGCAAGCCGUGAAAGUGAUCGCAGCUGUUUGGCUCUCGAUAUCGAAAGUCUGGGCGUCACAUGGCCCAGUCAAUAAUGGCGGGAAAGAUGAUUCUGGAAUAGAAGUCUUGAAUGAUAACUUCUCAAAACUUGACUUGUCGUCAAGCCAUCACAGUGGCCGCUCCAUUGCUAGUACCGUCGUCUAUUGGCAAGAAAUCUCAUUGUACUACUCUGCUUUCAGCUACAUGGCAACGCUUCUGGUGCAUUGCGGACUAUAUUGCGACGCGGUAUACUUCUAUGAGCAGGCAUUGAAGAUCGCAAUACAAGCGAAUUUGCCUACUAUUGUAGAUGGCAUUCGGAGUGAACUAGCAUUGGCACAUGCUCGGGCGGGACAACUAGAAAAGGCAAGGGUGUUGCGCAACGUGCCAGGUCUGAUUACCAAUGCUGGCCGCUGCUUGAGGCAAAGGCUUACUGUGAUCAAUCAAGCGGAAGUUGAGAUACUGCUCGGCGAUAUCCCGACUGCUUGUCAAUUACUGAUGGCUGUCAAGAAUGGCAAUGCCGAGCCUAAGACGGAAGAAACAACCCGCAAGGUCAAAACUAAAACGGUCCAUACCCUCCCUCGAGUCCGGACCAAAACCGCCACGCCAAAACCUCGGACAGCUACUAAGCGGGUGGACCAGCCAAGCGCAAAGAGUCCUGAGAAAGCUCUCGAGGCAACUAUUGACCAGAAGAUUUUGCUCGACAGGCUGGCUAUGUUACAUGCUCACCUCAGGUUGUACCAAGGCAAUAAAGAAGUGGCAACGUUGCCCGCAGCUGAUUUCGAUGGCUCCAAAGGCAACCCAAGCAAAGUGAUGUUCGACGCUUUGUUCCUUAUCCGCUCAGCACUGAGACUCUUUUCUGAGGAUGCGGUGAACAAUGUGCUUGCUGAGACUGCAGUGGCACUGCCCGUGAGAUACAAAUCAUCAAGAAAAAGCGGCAGAAUAUCAUUUGUCCAGGAUACUGCGGCUCAGGACAGUCGACCUAAACGAUUGCAAGGAAAGAGCAAAGCAUCUGGUGCAGCUGAGAAAGAGGUAAACGUACCUGGAGAUGGCCGAGCACUACUUCAUAAAGCAUAUCAAACCCUUGCAGAUCUUCGAGGCGCAUAUCAUUGGCAGAUUCCUUCAGAGGCUGUCCACACUCUACACAAGUUAUUGUCACAGGCUGCGUUAUUGUCCACCGCGCUUGGCGAUUCGCUUGUGCCUUCCUCAGUUGAGGUAUUGGCGGAUGCUUUGAGUCCUCUGGAUCAGCUCCGCUCACGCGAAAUGAUCAUUACUUCAAGCGAAAUGGCCACGAGCGCCAACAGUGCAAUCUCAGACUGGCCACAUAUUCGGCACUCAUCGUCUUCGAUUGACUCUAUGGAACCAAGUGCAGACCUGGUUGGUACGAUAGAGCUGCUGCCAGAGACUUGGUCCGUAGUGUCUAUUGGGCUGACCAAAGAUCGAACGGAGCUUUUAGUGGCUAGAAUAUCUCGUCACAGGUCACCUUUCGUCAUCAGAAUCCCACUGACAAGGCCUGAUCCUUCAGCGAUGGACCAUGAAGAACUAGAUUUUGACAGUGCUAAAGCUGAGCUAGAGGAUAUUGUGCUUGCAGCAAACACCUCAGCUCAUGACUCAAGAGGAUGCUCAGCCGACAAAACGGUUAGAAAGGCAUGGUUUGCUGAACGACUAUCUCUGGAUAGUCGUCUUGCGGCUUUGCUUGACAACAUAGAAAACAUCUGGUUUGGAGGAUUUCGCGGGCUGCUCUCUGCGAAGGCAGCGGACGCUAUGGCUUUGGCAAGAUUCGCGCAAAGUCUGUCAAACACGCUCGGUAGGCACUUGCCCUCGCGACAGAAGCCAUCCAAGGCAGGAAAAGCGCACAAGGUUGAGCUACACUCACACGUAUUAGAGCUUUUCCUGACGCUUGGUCAUCCUCGAGAAACUGAUCUAGAGGACUCAGUGACUGAUCUCAUCUACUUUGUGGUUGAUGUGCUUCAGUUCAACGGCGAGAAUAAUGCUUAUGACGAAAUCGACUUUGAUGCUAUGCUGGUUGAAAUUCUAGACGCAUUGCAUGCUUACCACGAAGGUACAUCCAGCAAUUCGCUGGAAAGGGAAAACUCACAUGUUAUUUUGCUCGUGGACAAGCAGCUGCAAGCAUUUCCUUGGGAGUCUCUGCCCUGCAUGAGAGGCCGAUCAGUUUCCCGGAUGCCUUCGCUGGGUGCCAUCUGGGAGAGGUUGGAAAAGAUGGGAGACCACCCUUCGAACCGAGAAGGUUAUGUCGUCUCAGCGUCUGAAGGCACCUACAUCUUGAACCCUUCAUCAGACCUAGUGUCAACCGAAGAGACCUUCCGGUCUGUUUUUGAAGCACAGCUUCCGGGGUUCAAGGCUAUUGUGAAUCGUUCGCCGACCGAGACUGAAUUUGAAACUGCCUUACAGGACAGUCCUUUGGUUCUGUACUUUGGGCAUGGUGGCGGAGCACAAUACAUCCGAGGCCGAACGAUCCGCAAAUUGCAGCAAUGUGCAGUAACCUUGUUAAUGGGAUGCAGCAGUGCCAAACUGUCGGAAUGUGGAGUAUACGAAUCUAAUGGCAUGCCGUGGAACUAUAUCAAUGGAGGAAGUGCAGCAGUUGUGGGAACGCUGUGGGACGUGACGGACCGAGAUAUAGACCGAUUUGCGAUGGAAACAAUGUCAGAAUGGGGCCUUGUCAACCAGGCAGAUAUUACGAGGGUCGUGGAGGGCAAGAAAAAAGCCGCCAGGAACCAGCCUUCGAAGAGCGGCACGCAAAAGACGGUGAAGAUGUCGUUAGACCAGGCGAUUGCACGAGCCAGGGAUCGCUGUUUGUUGAAGUAUUUAAAUGGAGCGGCCCCAGUAAUGUAUGGGAUACCGGUAUUUUUGGAAUAA